AAAUAAUAAUAUAUCAGUGGAAUGUUCAAUAGCAAGCUAUCUAUAAAAGCAAUAGAGAGAACUCAAUCCUUGCAUCAAGUCUGAAAAUUAAACUUCAUAUUUUUAUUUCUUUCUUUUCUUCACCCUCGUAGUUUCUUGAGUUAAUUUACUCCAAUAAUUAAUAACCAAUGGCAGAAGCAACCAAAAGGUAUGCGGUUGUGACAGGAGCAAACAAAGGAAUUGGAUUUGAGAUAUGCAAGCAAUUGGCUUCUAAAGGAACUAUAGUGAUUGUAACAGCAAGAGAUGAGUGUAGGGGUCUUCAAGCUCUUGAUAAACUCAAGCAAGAGCUUAAUCUUGCCAUGUCUUACAAUGACAAUGUGAUUUUCCAUCACCUUGAUUUGACUGACCCUAAUAGCAUAGCAUCUCUUGCAAAUUUCAUCAAAACUCACUUUGGAAAACUUGAUAUCUUGGUAAAUAAUGCAGGACUUCUAACCGAAAAUGAGGAAUUAACUGAAGCAUGUCUUAAAACAAACUACUAUGGACCCAAGGGAUUAACCAAAGCACUUAUUCCUCUUCUCCAGUUUUCCAAUUCACCAAGAAUUGUCAAUGUUUCCUCAACCAUGGGAAGGCUAGAGAUCAUUCCAAACGGAUGGCCUAAAGAAGUACUAAGCGAUGUUCAAAAUCUUACCGAAGAAAAGAUUGACAAUGUUGUGAAUGAAUUUUUCAAGGAUUUCAAAGAGGGUUCAUUAGAAACCAAAGGCUGGCCUCUUAUUGUGAGUGCAUAUUCUGUGUCUAAAGCUGCUCUAAGUGCCUACACAAGAAUUUUGGCCAAGAAGUAUCCAUCAAUAUGCAGCAAUGCUAUUUGUCCUGGCUAUGUCAAAACAGAUAUAAAUAGUAACACAGGUACUCUAACGCCAUACGAAGGUGCUGAACCGAUUGUGAGGUUGGCAUUGUUACCUGACGGUAGUCCUUCUGGCCUCUUUUUCUCAAGAUAUGAAGAUAAACCAUUUUGAUCAAGGACUAAUUGUUUCUAGAAAAUAAAAGCUCGAUCAUAGCGACAAAUCAUUUUCCUUUUGGCAUUGUUAUGUUUUUGUUGGUUCUGUUAUGGUUGCAUCUCAUUGUAAUUUUUUAUUAGCUUGAGGAACUUAGGCACAACUUGUGCUUGGGUUCUAAGUUUUCUGCAUUCAAUAAUAAUGUUUUUCUUAUAUAAAAAUAUAUUUAUGUUUUAGCCUAAUUUUCCAUGUAAGUCUAAACAAUAAUAUUAUUGCGCAUAGUUGGUAAGCA